AUGUCAUGGCGGUUCCGAAAUUGCUGGCAUGCAAGUGCUGGUGCUCGACAUUUAGCAAGGCACUCCUCCAGUCAAGUCCAGCCCCAGCCAACUGCGCUCCACUUUUAUCAAAACCGCCAGUUAGAGCUCUAUGCAUCAAAGGAAGCGCACAGGCUGAGCCUCCGACAGCUCGUGUUCUUUGGGCGGCAGAUGGACGAGGAGAAACUAAUAAAGAGCGCUAAUUAUGUCCGCACCGAGCUGCCUGUCCGCAUUGCACAUAGGCUGAGGGACUUGCAAGCACUUCCGUAUGUGGUGGUUACUCAGGAGGGUGUAGCUCAAGUCUAUGAGUUAUAUUGGUCUGCUUUUGAGAAAUUUCGGCGCUACCCUCAGGUCACCACCCUGGAAGAGAAUCGAGUUUUCUGCGAGUUCCUCGAGACUAUCCUGAACGACCAUGCACCCGUUAUACCAAGUCUGUCGCUGGGACUCUCCCUGUCAUCUCCGCACCUUUCACCAGAUUACCUGGAUGCAUUCAUGAGACGCAUGCUCGUAUCCCGAAUCUCAAGGCGUGUUCUCGCGGAACAUCACCUUGCACUCUCGAAGUCCCUUGGAACCAACUGCCUCAGUCUUCCCGAAGACCCACAUGUCGGCAUCAUUUACACGGCGCUCAACCUCAAACAUUCCAUCGACAAGUGCGUCGCACUAUUGCGUGGCAGACCUCACAAUAUCGAAGAUGAACAUGGGGAAAGCUUGCCGAACCGUGGAUGGUUGGAGGUCAUCGUUGAUGGCCAUGUCGACACUAAGUUUUCUUACAUACGUGAACACCUCGAGUACAUAAUAUUUGAACUUCUCAAGAACGCACGUGCAAUGACCGCCACUGGACUGAAUCACCGAGAUUCAUCUACCCCUCCUCCCAUCCGUGCCACCAUCGUUGCCGGUGAGAACGAUGUUGGAGUGAGAAUAUCCGAUCAAGGCGGUGGUCUCUCAUCAGCUCGAAUAAAGUCACCCCCCGAUCUCUUCUCUUUCUCCCACUUCCGCAAUGCAACACGCAUGGAUGACACGCGGCUGGGUGCAUUACGCUCCGCCAGCUCGAGAGGUGUCAAAGCGACUGUUGCCGAGCAAAUACGCCCUUGGCAAACAAAACAGUCGGAUGUUAACUCGAACGACAAAGACCCUGAACGUGAGGCUGGCAUUGCGCCGCAUCCGAGAAUCGGACUGGGCCUGCCUAUGAGCAAUAUAUAUACAACGUAUUUUGGAGGCACCCUGGAGUUGGUAUCUCUGGAUGGGUGGGGAACGGAUGUAUAUUUACGCCUGCCCAAGCUGGGCACGAACCUAGAGGGUAUUGAGGUAUAG